AUGACGGAUGGCGUGCAAUUCCUAAACCAGCACCCGCCCCCGGACCCGCCCCCCGAUCCGCCCACCGGCCUCGACCCAUCCGGUCUGCCAUGGGGUCACGAACAGGCUCAUUAUCAGACAUUUCACCAUCCAGAGUUUGAGUCCAACCGUGGACAUGGACAGCCGAUUAGACCAUCUUCUCCUCUGUUCAUAAUUCAGCUGCUUGUGACAGCGGUUGUGUUCAUCGUAUUUGUGUUUGUGUUGAUGUCUUUGGCUGGGAUUGUGACAUAUGUUUUAUAUGGCCCGGCUGCGGAUAUUGAAUGGGGACGAACUUCACAACAUGUGUAG